AUGCUUAAACCACAGAUAGCGUGGCUAAACAACGCGCGAGCGAUGUGCGCGCUGUUCCCCCUUGAAUAUCAAAAAGCUGGUGCCGACAUUCCCAGAGCAUAUCGGCCCAUUCGAGCCCGAUUGAGCAACCAGCGUGACGAGCUUGAAGGCUACUUGGUUGACAAGUUCGGUCUGAGAUCAAAGGCGCCUCUGUACCGCAGCUCGCCGCCGGAUCUCCGCAGCUGGAUGAACCUGGACGGCACCUUUUGGUGGCUCGAGGCGCCCAACGGAAGUUCCUCGGACCGAAAGGGGUUCUCAAGUGUGGCGGAGGACUGGCAGAUCGACGUCGUCAUCGCGCAGGCCAAAGCACUAGGCCUCACCUUGCCGGUAGGCUAUGAGACAUUUAUGCGAAGCAGGCAUCUCAGCUACCGCAUUCCCAGCUACAACGGCUGGUACUACGAGCUGGGCAAGCUCGUCCCCUGCCCUCCGGAAAUCGACAACGGCGCUGGUGGCUAUAUCCAAGUCUUCCACUUCGACCAGCAAUGCUGCGCUUUUGCGUACCUGUACUUGAACAAGGCUGGAAACCACUGCGUCCUUUACUCGCAUCGAGAGCUCUACGACGAUAACUUUGACUUUGACGACCCCGUCGUUGCGGCUACUGAUGUCGAUGAAGACACUUUAAAACGGAAGGAGAAUGUCGAUUAUAGCGGGACCAACGCUGAUUAUAAUAUUGUCGGGCUAAGUUUCGAGGAGUAUCUGGUUGGCGUGUACUUUGAAGAGCAGCUCAAUUUCGCCAACGACCUGUUCCCCUGUUGCAAGACUACAUCGCCCACAUCUACUACUCUCCUGCAGAGGUUGAAUGUUUGCGUCACCAGAGCAAGGCGAUUAAUACUUUUCUCGAUUCAAUCAAGUGGUCUUCUAAGGAGACGGGCGGAAAUGCAGCGCACACUUCUACAUCUUGACUGCCCAUCGACGAUAGUGCAAGCCCGAGGUCGGAGAGCAUCCAUACAUGGAUAG